UUUCAUUGAAAGUUUUAUUUUGAAAGAGGAAGCCGGAAGUGUUCUGUCAAACGGCAGCAAGAUGGCGAUGCCCAUGAGGAGGACGCUGGCGGCUCUGCACAGAGCCACAUGCAGCACGUUGAAGAGUGGUGAAGCGUCUCUGGAUGUUCGGCAUCCUGUCCCACUUUUCCUGCCAGUCCGGACCAAGAAGCGGUACUUCAUCCCUCCAGCAGUGGGGUUGAAAGAAAAGAAGAGAGGGAACACGGAGGCCAAAGCCCAAGCAGCAGGCAUUGUCUUCAGACAGCAGUACAUUGAGAGGCCUAUCAACAUUGCCUGCACUGCGGGAAUCUUCGACCCUUACAUCCCCCCAGAGGGCGACGCUCGUCUUUCCACUCUGUCUAAAGAAGGCCUGAAACAACGAACUGAGCAGAUAAAACAGAGCGCCGCCUCACAGCUGGCGAUUCGUAAAAUCAAAGAACACGACUCUCAUUUCACGUCGAAGAAUUUUGCAGAGCAAGCUCAAGAAAUCUUUAUUGAAGCUCACAAUGCCCUGACACAGUUCAACAAGGAGAAACUUCACUCAUUGGUGACAGAAAGGUGUUAUCCUGAGAUGACGAGGGGAAACCGAUACAAGACAAUCCACUGGAGGUUUAUAGAGUCCCUAGAGCCGCCCAAAGUGGUCCACGCCCGCUGCCCUGAUAUGGUCUCCAAAGGUAACCUGUACGGCCAGGUGACGGUCCGCAUGCACUCCAAACAGACUCUGGCCAUCUAUGACCGCUUCGGGAGGCUGAUGCUGGGCAGCGAGGAGCAGCCGAAGGACGUCUUAGAGUAUCUGGUCAUAGAACGACACCUUGUCAACCCCUACAGCCAAUGGAGGUUACACGGAAAAAUAGUGCCGUCCUGGGCACCUGCCAAAGACCCAAUUAUUAAGACUGUCAUGAUUCCUGGUCCAGAGCUGAAGCCAGGACAAGAGUUUGAUGCCCUCAACUAUCAAGUUCCCAAACCAGAGGCAGUACAAUGGAACAAAUAGGCCACCAGGCGGCGCUGCUCUUUUCAUCAAACCACAGUAGGACAUUAUCAGCAGUCAUGUGCCAAAUACUGUUUAAGAUUUGGCUGUGGCUGGUUAGUUUGUCCACUUUGGCAGGAAACCUUGGUCUCUAAAUGUUGUUGGCUGUUGAAAUGGUGAAAGCAGCAGGUGAGUUUUAGGAUGAACAAACCACUGUGUCCUGCAGCCAAUAAAGCUGCUGCUAUCCCUGCAACAAAUUAUCACACAACAGUCUGGAAUAAUAACAGCUUUUAUCAUGACUCAAAUUUGUUUCACACAUUUCCAUGUUUUUUUUCAUGAGACUAACUUAAUAUGUACACGUAAUAAAAAAUAAAAUGUACAGAUCCCCACAAA